AUGUCAAGCACCAUACUCGAUCGACUUUCAGCGUUGGAUACCAAUACAGUAUCUGACGCGCUGGAUUUCCUUGGCCUAAAAGGAGCUACACAUGGCCUUCUACCUCUUUGGGAUUGUCCCAAAAUCGUUGGCCGCGCCAGCACAGUCCAAUUAAGGCCCAAGAAAGAGGAAGCUCCAGCCACGACACAUCUGAUCACGCCCGUUAUAGACGGUGUAACAACAAGCGAUCGCGUCCUUGUUAUCGCUGGUGGUGUGGAGGGGAUCUCUUCCUGGGGCGACAUCAUCGCCAAUGCCGCCAAGGCCAAGCAAAUCCGUGGAUCCAUCAUCGAUGGCAUGAGUCGUGACAUUGAUGGAAGUCGAGACAUUGGCUAUCCUGUCUUUGGUCGCGGUGUGACUAUGAUCAGUGCACGCAACAGAUUGGUUCAGAUCAAUUCUGGUGUGCAGGUAGAGAUGCGAGGUGUCAAGGUGGACGAGAACGACUAUGUGAUUGCCGACAAUUGCGGGGCCGUUUUCAUUCCAGCUGAUCGUAUCGAAGAGGUCCUAGAACUAGCCGAGCGUAUCGAUCAUCGCCAAAAUGGCAUGCUUCAAGAAGUUCGAAGGGGUCGCCCUGUGGCAGAGGCCAUGCACGACAAGCAAUUUGAAGCAAUUGCAUCUUCAGCCAGUUCUAUCCCCAACAAGCUUCAAAACCCCAAGGGCGCUACUCCAGAUGACCAAGAACUAGUUGCUCUUUUCACCGGUUCCGACACCCCAGGAGUUUCAGAUGCCCUCGACAAAUUGGGCAUCCCGGGACAAGCAUUCAAUAUCGUGCCUCUUACCAAUUACAAAACGACCAUUGUCGGGCCGGCUUUUACAGUUCGUUACGUACCUGCCAGUAACCCCCCUGGAAGUGUGGGUGACUUCAUCGACGACGUGGCCAUUGGCGAUUUCGUGGUAAUUGAUAACGGUGGUCGUACAGACUGUACUGUUUGGGGAGAUAUCAUGACUCAUUAUGCCGGUCUACGUGGUAUUGCGGGAACAGUCAUCGACGGUGUAUGCCGAGAUGUUGAUCGUGCUAUAAGCGACAACUACCCGAUUUUCACGUCCGGAUACUGGAUGCGCACGGGCAAAGAUCGAGUCCAAGUCGGAGGUAUCAAUGAGUCGAUCGGUGUGGGUAAAGUGCGUGUUAGCCCACGAGAUAUUGUCGUAGCAGAUGCAAACGGCGUUGUAAUUGUGCCGCGAGACAGGGCUCGUGAGGUGGCUGAACUAACGAAGACUAUCGAGAGGAGCGAGCAAGGUAUUCGGGACAUGAUAUCUAAAGGAUCCACGAUCGCUGAGGCGAGAGAGAAGCUUGGCUAUCACACCCUACAACGUAGGGCAUAG